AUGCGAUAUCUUGGUCUCGCUCUCGCGGUGCUGAGCACCUAUGCCCUCGCAGUGACAGCCCUACCGAGCCCAGAGGAGCUGGGUACCCUGAAGUACAGAAGCUGGGACCUGCGCCUCUUCAACGCCGCCAUCCCAGCCUGCAAUCCCAACGCCUCCAACAUCGCCCGAACAGUCCUCCACCGAUCCGGCGCCAACACACGCACCUGUGCCUUGCUGGAUUAUUCGCUCUACAAUACCUCCUCGGUGCAGAGUCUCAGCUGGAAAAGUCCCGGGCCCGACGACGUCAAGGAUCUGUGCAUGUUUCGGACGCAGGAUUGCUCCGGGGGCGAGCAGGCGCUUGUCGGGGCUAUAACGAGUGGGUGGGAGGUUUGCUAUCCGUUUUUGGGGUGGAGGGGGUGGGUUGUUGUUGAGCAUGGGGCUGGAUGUUUUUAG